GCACCAGCAAACAUAGUUCCAGCAGGCUACACAGAGCAGGACGCUGGGGGACAUCCACUCUGACAACUGGUUGUAUGGACACCAAGGCAACUUGUUGCACAUCCACAGCAGCCAGGAGGAAGGAGGGCACCCAGCAGGGCACCAGACCUUCUCCCCCGACAUGGAUCUGCGGGCAGAAUGAGUAGCUGAAGCCAGGAGGGAGAGAAGGAGGACGCGGGGAGCCCCCACCUGCACGCUGAAGACCCCUUUGUGCACAACCUCUAAGCCGCAGCCAUGUCUAACAUGGAGAGUAACGCAGGUGGUGUUAUUGCAUACAUCAGCUCCUCAAGCUCAGCCUCCAGCCCUUCCUCCUGCCACAGCGAGAGCUCCAAUGGUAGCUUCCAAUCCUCAUCCUCCUCUCUUCCAUCCUCUCCCAGCAGCUCUGCUUCUGAGGGCAGCAGCGGUGGGAGCAGCAGUGGGAGCAGCAGGAAUGGUACAAGCAGAAGUGACCUUCCAAGUGGGACCCUCACCACCAUAGAGGAAUCUCAGAAGAACCAACAGGUGGACACACUGUGCAUAAAAACAACCUAUACCAGUGCAGCAAUCCUAACCAAAGGCCAUGGUGGAGUCACCACUAAAUUCAAUGGAAUGAUUCUUCUGUGUAAAGUGUGUGGAGAUGUGGCGUCUGGAUUUCACUAUGGAGUCCAUGCUUGUGAGGGCUGUAAGGGUUUCUUUAGAAGAAGCAUUCAACAAAACAUCCAGUACAAAAAGUGCCUCAAGAAUGAGAGCUGUUCUAUCAUGAGGAUGAACCGAAAUCGCUGCCAGCAAUGUCGUUUCAAGAAGUGUCUGUCUGUCGGCAUGUCAAGAGAUGCUGUUCGUUUCGGGCGCAUUCCAAAACGUGAAAAGCAGAGAAUGCUGAUGGAGAUGCAGACUGCUAUGAAGACCAUGAUGAACAGCCAGUUUGUUAGCUCAGGACACCAAGAAGCACUGCCAGAUUACCAAGCUUCACCUUCACUUUUGCCACUUGUGCCCCCACCUGUUCAAGAAAAGUUGGACACUAGUGGUCACAAUUACUCAGAUAAAAGCCUCACUCUACCUGCAUCUUCUUCUCUUCCUCCUCCUCCUCCAUCAUUUGAUGUUAGCAAAGAAGAUGUUAUUGGUACAGUAACUAGGGCUCAUAGAGAAACUUUCAUGUAUAACCAGGAGUCUUCCAAAAUCAAAAAUGAAGCAAACCACCAGAUAGAAGAAAGAAUGAAUAAUGUAAAAUGCAUCAACAAAAGCAACAAUAUCUACUCCAAUAAUGGUCUCAGCACUGCUCGCUGUCCCGCUAGUGGAAACCAGAAUCAUAUAAAUGAACAGCACAGAGAGAAGAACAUGGCUGGUUAUUCUAACAUCCACGCUGUUUGUUACUCCAAUGACAAUAAUAUAAACAUUUCCAAUGGCUUCUCCCACAAAGAUUUCAGCAGAGGAGCCAUGCUUGAUGUACCACAGGCUGAACAUAUGAAUGGCUACUCCUGCAAGAGGGGAAGGAGAAUGCAUCUGGUUUGCCCUAUGAGCAUGUCUCCGUUCAUGGACCCAAAUAAAUCAGGACCUCAAAUCUGGGAAGAGUUCUCUGUGAGUUUCACCCCGGCUGUAAAGGAGGUUGUCGAUUUUGCCAAGCGCAUUCCAGGAUUUAAAGAUCUUUCCCAGUAUGAUCAGGUCAACCUGCUGAAGGCUGGAACUUUUGAGGUAUUGAUGGUACGGUUCGCAUCAUUAUUUGAUGCAAAGGAGCGUACUGUUACUUUUCUUAGCGGAAAGAAGUACAGUGUGGAUGAGCUGCGCUCUAUGGGAGCUGGGGAGCUGCUCAACUCUGUUUUUGAAUUCAGUGAGAAGCUUAGUGCUCUGCAGCUUAGUGAGGAGGAGAUGAGUUUGUUUACAGCAGUUGUCCUCGUCUCUGCUGAUCGCUCUGGUAUUGAAAAUGUAAACUCUGUUGAAGCAUUACAAGAAACACUGAUCCGUGCACUGAGGACUUUAAUCAUGAAAAACCAUCCCAACGAGGCCUCCACCUUUACUAGGCUCCUCCUGAAGUUAGCAGACCUGCGUUCUCUCAAUAACAUGCACUCAGAGGAGCUUUUGGCUUUCAAAAUUCACCCAUAGGCCUAUAAAUGACUAACG